GGGUCCGGGGCGGUGGGCAGAGCGCGGUGGUCAGUGAGAGUCAGAGUGUGAUCUUGGCUGAGGACCCCGGGGACUGGGUGAUUCGGCCUGUGCCGGGUCACCGAGUGUCGGACCGCGAAUGUUACGGAUUGGAGCGUGACGGCUGGAUCGGGCCGAGUGCGAACGGGGUCUGUGGGGUCAGGAUGCGGUGUUGGUGAGAGAGGAUGGUGGAGUAAUACCCAGUUUUCCAGUCACCCACCCUUGUCACCAAGAAAAUCAGGUGGAGAGUCUUCAGACCUUCCGGAGUGCUGUGCUGUGGAAGCUUGUGUGAGAUGAGAGUUCUGGAAUUCAGUGGCAGGCCUUUCUCAGACCAUUACACCGCACUCAUCCGCUCCCUUCCCGCACAUGCAGUUCUGGGUUUGGAUUUUGCCCCUUUUCUCUUGCUCCCACAUAAUGCCAGGCCAGGCUAGAGGGCCCUGCUCUGAUCCAAGCACAGAAAGAAGGGGGUGUGGGUCCCUUCAGGUUAAAGAGGUGAUGGGGACUCCAGUGGCAAAGGCAAGAUUUCCAUAUACACAUUCAGGCUCCAGAAACCCUUCUCUUAUUCAUUCCAUUUUCCACUUAUUUUAAGAGUCUUUAGUAGUCACUUUCAUUUCCGUAUCUCCUUCAGUCCUUAUAAGCAUCCUACGUGGUCUGUGUUUCCAUCACCAUUUAAAAACAAAACAAAACAAAAACCACCAGGCUCCUUGCUUAAAAUCACUUGGCCAGCAAGAAGAUAAGCUCAGAUUGAACCUUAUUUGUUUUAUUCCGUAUCUCAUGUUCUUUGCCUGAAACACAUUUAGUCCCCAGCACGUAGUUGUUUUAUAGCAAGGAGUCUUGAGGAGAUAUUUACAGAGGAGCUAUUAAGUGCAUCUCACAGAUGAUCGCGGAAUUAACAGGGGUAUUUGGUGUUUUUGCAGGGUGCGUGCGUUAAAUGCUGGGGUUCAUGCUGUGGGGUUCUUUUUGCAUACUCCAGUAUUUUGGGUACUUGUUAGCUCUGUUUAGAGUCUAUAGAAAACCCAGUCUGGGCUUUAAAUGAAGAUGAGUUUUCAGCAAGAGGGAGAUUUAGAUGUCAAAGAGUAUUCCUCAGCUAAGGAGAAUUUGCCACUGACUUGACAGACUCCAGUUUCCAUGAAGUAACUGGCUGAUUUGAGAUGAAGAGGAGGAGGUCCCAGGACCAAGGAUUCACCCUGGUGAAAAGUCCUGACCGGAGGCCCUAACCUGAGCCUCCAGACAGAGUCCAGAAGAUUCACAGGAUAGAGCAGAGCCUAGAGUUGUGGCCAUUUCCCAAGAGCAGCAGAAAAUGACCAAGUCCCGGAUGUAAUAUGAACAUGCUCUCUCAGGGAUCCGUGUCGUUUGAGGACGUGGCUGUGGACUUCACCGGGGAGGAGUGGCAGCUACUGGACUCUGCUCAAAAGACUUUGUACAGAAGUGUGAUGUUGGAGAACUUUAGCAGCCUCGUGUCACUGGGGUUUCAAGUUAUCAAACCAGAUGUGAUCUUCAAAUUGGAGCAAGAGCAGCCAUGGAUAAUAGAUGAAGAUAUCCCAGGUCAGAACUUUUCAAAAUACUGGAAAAUGGAUGAUUACAAAGCUUGGCACCAAGAAAUCCAAGACAGGCUUAAAAGUUUGGAACAAGCCCAUGAAAGUAAUGCAAGUGGAAAAAUAGUUCAAUCAGGCAUGAACUUUGCACCUUUAAAGCAAAAACCCAAUAAGUCUGUGUCAAAUGGAAAACAUUUGAAAUAUUCAUUAGAUUUAUUUACUCAGAGUGGAAAUUAUGGAAGGAGGAAACCUGGUAAAUUAAAUGGAUGUGAGAAAUCAUUUCUCUAUACCAAACAUGAAAAAACUUGUGUUGGAUUAAAAUGCUAUGAAGGUAAUGAAUGUGGAAAAGUCAUCAGCAAGAAGUCUCGGCUCAUUGUACAUCAGAGAACACAUACAGGAGAGAAACCCUUUAAAUGCAGUGAAUGUGACAAAGCCUUUUCCCAGAAGUCACAUCUUGUUACACAUCAGACAAUUCACACAGGAGAAAAACUUUAUGGAUGUGAAUGUGGGAAGGCCUUCUCUCGAAAGUCACAUCUCGUUACACAUAAGAGAACUCAUACAGGAGAGAAACCCUAUGAAUGCAGCAACUGUAACAAAGUCUUCUCUCAGACAUCACAGCUCAUUAUUCAUCAGCGAAGUCAUACAGGAGAGAAACCCUAUGGAUGUGGUGAAUGUGGGAAAGCCUUUAGUGGGAAGUCACAACUUAUUACUCAUAAGAGAACCCAUAUAGAUGAAAAACCCAAUAAAUGCAGUGAAUGUGGGAAAGCCUUCAGAGAGAAGUCAAGUCUCAAUAAGCAUCAGAGAAUUCAUUCAGGAGAGAAACCAUAUGGAUGCAGUGAAUGUGGGAAAGCCUUCAGCGGAAAGGCACUCCUCAUUAGACAUCAGAAAACUCAUUCAGGAGAAAAACCCUAUGGAUGUAAUGAAUGUGGAAAAGCAUUCAUUUGGAAGUCACAGCUCAUUAUACAUCAGAGAACUCACACAGGAGAGAAGCCGUAUGGAUGCAGUGCAUGUGGGAAAGCUUUCUCCCAGAAGUCACACCUCAUGAUACAUCAGAGGACUCACAUAGAACAGAAACCCUAGAAAUACGGUGAAUGUGAGAAACGUUUAAGAAAAUAAUCACACUUUCUGUAUCAUAAAACUCAUUUAUAGAAAUGCUAUGAAUGCUGUGAGUAUAGGAGAGUCUUUGGAAGGAAGUUAUACUUUCUUAAACAUCAGAGUGCCAGCUGGGAGAGUAAGCCUGUGUAUGCAGUGAAUGUGGCAGAGACAGUAGAGCAGGUAGUCGUCUCGUUGUAAAUCAGGUUAUUCAUAUUGAGGAGAAAAAUCAUGACUUAAAAGAACAUGGAAAAAUAUUUCCAUCGAAAUAAUGUUCAAAAGAAAUUCAGUUUCCCACUGUGAUACUGUAUUUUUAAAGAAAAGAUUAUAUAUUCUAAAUGAUAAGCAUGUGAAGCUUUAAAGAUAUUUAUCUGUAUAUGUAUAUGUUCAGUAAUCACAACAGCAGAGUAAGAAGGAUAUUCUUUCAGAGGUAUAUAGGGCUUAUAUUCCUGAAUAUGGCUACAUAAGAUGAAAUUUAUGUAUUUUCAUAGCAUAUGUGAAAUGAAUAUAACCAUGAACAUGAUAUAUGUCAUGUACAUAGAAUGGCAUUUGUUGAUUUCUACACAGAAUAUCAUUUACCUUGUCCCACAACAAUAGAAUGUAAACUAGAUCAAAUGAUUGACUUAUUAUUUAAAAAACAGUUUAAAUCGUAUUACCAGGUACUUUUUUGGCACAAGUAAAUGAGUUGCAGAACUCCUAUCGUGCUCUGUCUUCAGUAAUAGGAGCUUGGAUUUUUAAAUAAAGUCUCUAGCUUCCUU